UUUUUUUUUACUUAAUUAAUAUUUUUAUUUUGUGAUAAAUUGUAUCCAUUAUAAAUUAUAAUAUAACCUAGUAUUUUUGAUCAUGAUAGACAUUUAUUAAAUUAUUUAAUUUGGUAUUGAUACAUAAUGUUUGUGUGAGCGAUUACGUUCGUUUAUAUAUAUAAUAUAUUUUGUCAUUAUUAUAUGGCGUUUACGUUUAUUAUUUUUGAAUAAUCGUUGCCAGAUUAUCCAUCAUAAUCAUGCCACCAGUACUGAAAUGCAUAGAAAUGGACAACUUUAAGUCCUACAGGGGUCAUCAUAUGAUUGGUCCCCUGAAGAACUUUACAGCUGUCAUUGGACCCAAUGGUUCUGGUAAAUCUAACUUUAUGGACGCUAUAAGUUUUGUUAUGGGUGAAAAAACUACUAGUCUCCGAGUAAAACGUCUAAGCGAUCUCAUACACGGUGCUUCAGUUGGACAACCCGUUUCUCGCAGUGCUAGUGUAACUGCAGUUUUCAAAAUGGAUGGUGAAGGAACUGAAAAACGAUUUACUAGAACUGUACAAGGAUCGUCAUCAGAUUAUCGAAUCAACGAUGAUUCUGUACCCAAUCAAGAAUAUUUUGCUCAGUUAGAACAGAUCGGUGUGAAUGUGAAAGCAAAAAAUUUCUUGGUAUUUCAAGGUGCAGUUGAAUCAAUUGCUAUGAAAAAUCCAAAAGAAAGAACAGCUUUGUUUGAAGAAAUUAGUGGUUCUGGCGCACUAAAAGAAGAUUAUGAUAGAUUAAAAGCAGAAGUGAUGAAAGCAGAAGAAGAAACUAACUUCACAUACUUGAAAAAAAGAGGAGUUGCUGCAGAGCGUAAAGAAGCAAAAUUAGAAAAAGAAGAAGCUGAAAAGUAUCAGAAACUCAAGGAUGAAUUAGCACAAAAAGAAGUUGAAUAUCAGUUGUUUCGUCUGUAUCAAAAUGAGAACAUGAUAAAAAACUACGAACAAGAUUUAGAAGACCGUAAAAAAGAAGUUGCUAAAGUAGAAAGUAAAAAGGAAAAGGCUGAAGAAGUAGUCAAGGAAAAAAAAAAAGAGCAAGGCAAGGCUAGUCGUGAUUUAGCUAAAGUUGAACAAGAAAUCAGAGAAAUUGAAGUAGAGAUUAACAAAAAACGUCCAUCAUUCAUAAAGUCCAAAGAAAGAGUGGCACAUAUACGUAAAAAAUUAAAUACUGCAAAAAAAUCAUUAGCCGAAGUAGUGAUGGCUAAUGAUGCUCACAAAAAGGAUAUUGAUGAAUUGGAAGCUGAACUUAAAGAAGUUGAAAAACGGCGUCAUGAAUAUGAAGAACAAGUGGCUGGGGAAAGUCAUAGUCAGGGAAGAGAUGUACAGUUAGAAGAUGCUCAGGUUUCUGAGUACAAUAAUUUAAAAAUUGAUGCUCGUAAACAGUCAGCAUUAUUUUUACAAGAAUUAGACUCAAUUAACAGAGAACAAAAAGCUGAUCAGGAUAGAUUAGAUAAUGAGUUACGUUUGAGAUCAGAACUUGAAAAUAAAAUAAAACAGAAAACUCAUGAAAAAGAAGAGGCUCAAAAGCGAGUAGACAAAUUAACUGAACAUAUAAAAUCUAGUGAAAAUGCAUUGGAAGAACAAAGACGUUUAUUUGAUGAACUCCGUAAAGAUGUUGGUUCAUCUAAAGAUAAAGUGUCAAAACUACAAAGGGAUUUAGAUAAUGUUACCGAACAGUUAGGUGAUGCUAAAGUUGAUAAGCAUGAUGAUAACAGACGUAAAAAGAAACAAGAGUUAGUUGAAAAUUUUAAAAAAGCUUAUCCAGGAGUCUAUGACCGUUUGAUCAAUAUGUGUCACCCUAUUAGUAACCGUUACAAUGUAGCUAUUACAAAGGUGUUAGGAAAAUACAUGGAGGCCAUUAUUGUAGAUUCUGAGAAAACUGCACGUUUGUGCAUUCAAUAUUUGAAAGAUCAUAUGCUGGACCCAGAAACAUUUUUGCCCAUUGAUUAUUUGCAAACAAAACCACUUAAAGAGAGAUUACGAAAUAUAAGUCGUCCGCACAAUGUCAAGCUUAUGUAUGAUGUUCUGGAAUUUGAUCCAGAAAUUGAUAGAGUUGUUUUGUUUGCAACCAACAAUGCUCUAGUAUGUGAAUCUCCUGAAGAUGCCAAUCAUGUGGCUUAUGAACUCGAAAGAGAUGGGAGAUAUGAUGCUGUAGCUCUAGAUGGUACAUUUUAUCAAAAAUCUGGUAUUAUAUCUGGAGGUAGUUUGGAUUUAGCUCGUAAAGCAAAACGUUGGGAUGAAAAACAUAUGACUCAAUUGAAGGCUUCUAAAGAAAAAUUAUCUGAAGAAUUGAGAGAUGCCAUGAAGAAAUCUCGUAAAGAGUCUGAAUUGAAUACUGUUGACUCCCAAAUUAAAGGUUUAGAUAUGAGACUUAAAUAUGGAAAAACUGAUAAAGAAAACACUCUUAAACAAAUAAGAGAUUUAGAGAAGGAAUUGAAAUUCCUAGAAAACAAAUUAGAAGGAAGUGGACCUCGUAUUGAAGAAAUUGAAAGAACAAUGCGAACUCGUGAUAUUGAAAUUCAAUCUAUGCGAGGUCGUAUGAAUUCAGUUGAAGAUGAUGUGUUUGCUGAUUUUUGUCGUCAAAUCGGUAUGACUAAUAUUCGUCAAUAUGAAGAACGUGAACUUAGGUCACAGCAAGAAAGAGCCAAAAUUCGUUUGGAAUUUGAAAAUCAAAAAAAUAGAAUUAUGAGUCAAUUAGAUUUUGAACGUACAAAAGACACACAAAACAAUGUGACACGUUGGGAAAGAGCAGUUCACGAUGAUGAAGAUGAACUUGAACGUGCUAAACAGGCAGAACAGAAACAAAUGUCUGAAAUAGAGAUGGAUAUGAAAGAAGUGGAUCGACUGAAAGCUCAACGACAAACUAAAAAGCAAGAAGUUGAUCAAAUGGAUGAAGUGAUUAGCAAGGCAAGAAAAGAAGUUGGUGCUAUUGCCAAAGAUAUUCAAGCAGCUCAAAAGCAGGUUACUAACUUAGAGAAUAAAGUAGAAAUGCGUAAAGCUGAUCGACAUGCAAUUCUAACUCACUGUCGGAUGGAGGACAUUAACAUACCGUUAUUACAAGGCAAUUUAGAAGAUAUUAUUCAAGAACAAUCAGUGAAUAAUUCUGAAGAACAAGGACGAGACAGCACAGCUAACACACAAGAAAUUUAUGAUCAGGAAGCAAGAAUCACUGUUGAUUAUUCAUCGUUACCUGAUCAUCUCAAGGAUUUAGAAGAUUUAGAUGAUAUAAAAAAAUUGACGGAUAAAAUGGCCAAGACUAUGGCUGAGCAAUCGAUGAAACUACAAAAGAUUCAUGCCCCUAAUUUCAAGGCAAUGCAAAAAUUGGAUCAAGCUAGAGAAAAAAUGCAAGAAACUGACCGGGAAUUUAACACUGCACGAACUCGUGCCAAGAAAGCUAAACAAAACUUUGAGCGUAUUAAGAAAGAGAGACACAACAAAUUUACAGAAUGUUUUGAACAUGUAGCAAAUGAAAUUGAUUUGAUAUAUAAGGCCUUAUCUAAAAAUCAAUCUGCUCAGGCUUUUUUGGGACCGGAAAACCCAGAAGAACCUUAUUUAGAUGGUAUAAAUUAUAAUUGUGUAGCUCCUGGCAAACGUUUCCAACCCAUGUCCAAUUUAUCAGGAGGGGAAAAAACUGUCGCUGCAUUAGCUUUAUUAUUUGCCAUUCACAGUUAUCAGCCAGCUCCAUUUUUUGUACUUGAUGAAAUAGAUGCUGCUUUGGACAACACCAAUAUUGGAAAAGUCGCUUCUUACAUUCUACAGAAAAAAACUAAUUUACAAACCAUAGUUAUAUCUCUUAAAGAAGAAUUCUUCCAUCAUGCUGAUGCUCUAGUUGGGAUCUGUCCAGAUGAAGGGCAGUGUUUAAUCAGUAAAGUGAUAAUGAUGGACCUUGCAGAAUAUCCUCUGGCCGAAACUGAUGAAAGUAUAGCAUUUUCUCUGCGUUAAUCAUUAAAAGCUACUUCAGAUAAGAUCUUAAAAAGAAAAUGUCACCUAAUUUUAAAUACACAAUAAGUUAAUUAUUAUUAUUUUUUAAAUAUAUUGCACGUUUA